AUGCCGACAAAACAUACUGCGGUUGUUUCAGGCAGCAUCUCCAUCCCAUCCUUCGCAAACACGACGUUCAUAAAGAACUACCUAGUCGACAAUAAUGACGGAAAGUCCACUUCUUCCAUCAGCCCCAACCUUUUGAAAUCUUUGACCGGAUUCAAGCCUUCUACAACAGGACAACCGAAACUCGAUGACACCGGCUACUUCUUUGAGGGAAGGUCGUAUGGAGUUGCCUCAUCAGUGGGCAUCUCAGACGAUGGUCUCAAGAAGUCCGUUCGGAAAUACCGGUUUGAGGAGGUUGGCUACCUCCCUCAGGUUGAGUGUCUGUACAACAGCAGCACGAACUUUCGGAUCGGGAAAGAAUAUCCUCAUAGAACUUUUGCCGUCACUGGAUUCCUACCCGACUCUGUGGGCAGUGCUCAAUGGUCUGAGUACAUCGGUGCAACUUCUGACUCCAUCGUUGCCAUUGGUGUCGCCGACAGCGCUCAGUCGCCUCGACGCUACAUCUCCAUCGCGGCAGGAGAAAAUUACCGAGCAUUAAACACCACGCAGUGCACAGUAGACUUUGUGCCUACGUUGUUCCAGGCAACAGUCGAUGUCAAAGAUAAGAGCAUCGCUGUCGUUCCAAUGAGCGGUGUUAAGACUCAAGACAUCGACCCAGAGCGCAUCUUGACACGAAGAGCAGUAAGACAAUUCGACGUGAUGUCGAACAGCUUGCAGAGCUUCUAUGGUUCUGUACUUGGAGAUGCCCUUCUCUCGAGCAUUGCCGCCUGGAACAGUUCGUUCAACGCACAGGGUCUGGUACCAGAACGGGAUGCGACAUUGUCCGGACUGGAACACGCCUUUGCCGUCAUGACUGAUUCAAUACUAGCGGGCUAUGGACAGAUUCAACUGGGUCACUUAUCCAAGCCAACAACAGCAGAAGUCGAGGUUGAUGUUUAUGUACUGGGAAAGAAGGCGUUCACCAGCGUAGCUGUGGUGAUCAACGCCAUGAUCACUGUUGCAUUUCACUUCUACAUUCCGUCAUAG